UGGGGUCCCCAGCAGCCAAUCACAGGUGGACGCCUCCGGAAAGGGUGGAACCUCAGUGUUGGGGGUUGCCCGGGCGUGGAGCCGGCCAAAGAUCCCGAAGCUGUUUGGUUCCCUCCGCUCUAGAGAUGGCUGCAUUUUAGUGCUAGCGAGCUCAGGAGCAUGAUUCUCUGGACACUUGUCUUUGCUGUUUAAAUGCUGAUGUGACAAUUAAAGUAGCUAUCUGAAAGACACCACCAAACUCACUUUUCACAGAGUCCCUGGCAGGGGACAUUCUCCAGGGAGACACGAUGAAUAUCAAAGCAGUCAAAGUUCUGUGUCUGCUGGGGGUCUUUUUCCUCAUGCUGCUUGGGUCCCUCCUGCCCGUCAAGAUAAUAGAAGCGGAUUAUGAGAAAGCUCAUCGCUCCAGAAAGCUCAUUGCCCUCUGCAAUUCCUUCGGAGGAGGGGUCUUCCUGGCCACCUGCUUCAACGCCUUGCUCCCCGCCGUACGAGAAAAGCUUCAAGAAGUUCUCAAGCUUGGGAAGGUGACCACAGACUACCCCCUGGCUGAGACCAUCAUGCUGGUGGGCUUCUUUAUGACUGUCUUUGUGGAGCAGCUCAUCCUGACCUUUCGGAAGGAGAAGCCUUCCUUCAUCGACCUGGAGACCUUCAACGCCGGCUCAGACGUCGGGAGCGACUCGGAAUAUGAGAGUCCCUUCAUAGCCUCUUCCAGAGGGCGCACGCUUUACCAGGAGCACAGCCACCACUCCCACAGCCACGGCUUGAAUGUCCAGGAGCUUUCCCAAUCCAGCCCCUUGCGGCUCUUCAGCCUGGUGUUUGCCUUGUCUGCCCACUCCAUCUUUGAGGGCCUGGCCCUGGGCCUCCAGGAGGAAGGAAACAAAGUCAUGAGUCUGUUCCUGGGCGUGGCCAUCCACGAGACGCUGGUGGCUGUGGCGCUGGGCAUCAGCAUGGCCAAGAUCUCAUUAACACUGAAGGACGCCGCCAAGCUAGCACUUACGGUGAGUUUGAUGAUUCCUUUGGGCAUUGGGAUCGGCAUGGGCAUCGAGAGCGCCCAGAACGUGGCCAGCAGCGUGGCUUCUGUGCUCUUACAGGGCAUUGCCGCGGGAACUUUCUUGUUCGUCACCUUCUUUGAGAUCCUGGCAAAGGAACUGGAAGAUAAGAACGAUCGCCUGCUGAAGGUCCUCUUCCUGGUCUUGGGCUACACAGCCUUGGCUUUGCUCGUCUUUUUCAAGUGGUGAAGGCUGGAGCGACGGACAGUAAACCCUGACUCCUCCCUGUUGUAAAUGGUGCCGAGAACAAGACCCUUUUCCAGCCAAGCAGGGACGCUGAGGAACACCACAGUCUGGGGGGUGUUUCUGCGUCAACGUGGCAAAGGGAGAAUUGUUCCCUAAGGGUUCACAGAAAAUAAGAUUGGGGAGUGUCCAAAAAGAGGUUUCGUGUGGCAUUGUAGCAGUGGGUUGGAGAGUUGAUGCAGAGAUUACUGGAGAUCAUGGUGAAGUAGUUGGUUGUAACGUUGCCUCCGAAGGGAUCUUGUCAGCUGUGCGUUCUGCUAUUUGUCUAGAGAUCCCACCCCCCAGCACAGGAUAACCUGCCUGUAUAUCAUGUGUCUCCUGCCUUCAGUCUCUGGGCUCCAAGGAGGUGAAAAGUAAUGGAGAAAUCGAACUGAAAGCAGGCUGGGAUAAUGGAUCAUAAGACAGCACUAAGCUGCUUGUAACAGUUUAGUUUUGAAUAGAAACCUGGCUAGUGUUAUUACCUGCCAAUAAUAUUAACUGUUCUGGGACACAACAAAUGUCUUUUAGGUGGGAUUCGGGCCAGGAUCCUCUGCUGGCAGAGCUUCCGUUAACCCACAGAAAGUCCAUUGGGUCGGUAUUGUUCCUGAGAGAUUAAUCAAAGAAACAGGCCAGAGUCCUUUUUACCCCCAUGUGUCAUGUUCCAUCACCGUUGUCUGGCCCUUCAUUGCACAGUCACUGAUGUGAAUCUCUGGGAGUUUGGGUAAUGAUCACUUUGAAAAAUUUAGCAUUAAAAUCCAAAAUCCUUUCCAAAGCCUCCAGGGAGCUCUGGCAGCAUGGUCUUGAAUUUGUACAAAUGGAUGUUUGCAAUUUCCAGAAUCCAUAGUUAGGUCAUUUCAAUUGUCUGAGGUGGUUUUUUUGGCGGGGGGGUCACCCUUGGAUGGAUCUGAAAUGACUCUCCCAAAGCCAUGUCUUCUUUGUGCUAACGUGUUUGCUUCUCUCUUAUAACGGCACAUCUGUCCCAUAUGGUGACUGAUGAGGACCAACUGAUGAUGUCUGGCAACCAAUAUUUUAAUCGCUACAGAGCACCGGAGUUAAUUAAUCUUACUUGGAAGAAAUGGGGAGGGGCUAAUUUUAGGCCUCAGAUGACCCCGGUUAGCAAGGGCCAAUUAAAAUACAGUUUGGUUUGAUGUGCCAAUUUGGUUCCCAAAUACAGAAUUGCGGGCAGGUGGCAGAGCAAACUUUCCCUCUGUUUUCUCUCUCGUAGCUAGCCACCACAUGGAGGUUUGGCUCCAGCGCUGCAGUCACAUUCAUUGUGCUCGCCCUUCAUUCUGGCCUCUUCAGGGCUUUGAUGGCGAGACAGGCACAGUGUCCAUAAUGGCUUGGCUAUUUCUCCGUGUAAAACCAUUCAGUUAGAUGUGCAAACUACACAACAGCAGUAGGGAGUAUACUUGGGGGUCUUUGAUGCCGUGAGAUAGGAUAGAUUGUAUUCUUUCCUGCUCUCCCACGCCACCUUGGUAUCCAGGAAUCUAUCAGUUUGGUUUGGAUCUUGAAUCGUCCUCACCACUGGAGUGACUGAGACCUGGGGGAUGAGUCUUGAAGUUCUGAGUUCAAUUGUGACUCUGCCACAGAAGCCCCGAGUGACCUUGGGUAGGUCUUUCUCCCGCUGUAAAAAGGGGCUGAUGAUAUUUAUCCUGCCUCCUGGGAGUGCUGUGAGAAUUAGCCAGUUAAUGUCCCAGCUAUGGAAGUGCUGAGUAUUAUCACUAAAAAGGGUUGCGUGUGCAGUGAGAAUGGACCCCAACGUGUUUGACGUGGGCGUUAAUGUGAAACAAGCGAGGCCACGGGCAGUUCACAAGGGGCUGGUUUUCUGUGGUUCAUUUUGUAAAUCAAAGGUGGGAUGGGUAUUGCUGCUGCUCGAAAGGUGGUCUGCGUCUGGCUGCAGACCCUUUUGUCCUGCACAGGCUCCAUCCUGCAGGUAGGCGGCCAGAUUUGAGCCCCUCGCAGACAGUGGACGUGGGUGGCGUCUGAGUCCCAGGGUUUUCACUUGCCCAUUUCUUCAAGAGCAUUUUGUUUUCCUCCACUUCCACAUUCAGGAUCCUCCCCCAUCCUCCAACCCUUAGGUGGCCAGGCAGGGCUGAUAUUACAGUGUGGGAGCGGCAGCCUCUAUCAGACUGUCACAUGUACAGGCCUGUCAGUUCUCUUAUGCGCUCACUGUGACUGGGGCUGUGUAUUUUGGGGUGACGUGACCUGGAGAAGCGAGGUGCGGAAGAGUUGGAUCUCCCUUCUGUCAUCAGAGGAGCCAAAAUCCCAAGGUGGUAUCCAGAUUUGCAUUUCUCCUGUGGCAAACCACAACCACGGGCAAUGGCUUCCUUUUUAGUGGAGCUCCCACACACCUGCCAGCACUUGUCGGAGCACCUCGUAUUUGCUGAACGUUAAUCAGAGCAAGGUAGGAGGUGAAGUGCCUCCCUGUGAGUGAUCCUCAGCCUGAAGGAUGCUCUCAAGCUAAAGCAAUAGCCAAGGCUUAUCCCAGCAAAGCUCCAGUGAAUUGCAGGAACGUGCCUACCCCAGUCCAAACCAGGGAUAGAUUUCCUGGCCCAGAAAGAUGCACUUGCUCAGUGGUACUUCUGGGUGAAGUGCCCCUCUCUGCAGAGUUGGUCCGGAGGAGAGAGCCAGAGUCCAUGUUUCCUUCUCUGGGACGGUAGCAGCAUCUUCUGUCAGCACCCGUCCCCCACCCGGCUACUGCUGAGUGGGUGCCUGGCUCAGGCCUGCAGGAAGCCUCUUCAGGAGUGCAGGCGAGAUUGCUUACUCUGCUGGGACACACAGGAAAGCUGCCCCGUGGCUCUGGGCACGUGUUUGUGUGUGCGCACGUUCCCCUCACCCCCCCCCCCCCCCCCGUCCCGUCUGUCCCGUCCCCCCCGGCCAGUGCUGCAGAUUUCCUUCCAUGGAACGUCAUCCUGACAUUCCCAUAGCAAGAUCCCAGGACAGACUGCUGGCCUUUAUGGAGGGGGAGCUGCAAGGUCCAGCCCAGGCGCUGCACCGUGCUGAAAUCCUCCCAGUCGCAGCCGAUGGUAGAAGGGCCUUUGCCGCCAUUUACAUGGACAGAGUUAAACUGGGGCAGCUCCUCUAACUGAAUGUUGUGUGCACAAAUACCAUGCAGAGGAAGGGCUCCUCCUUUCCAGCACGGGAUGAGUGAUGUAGACGUGCACGUGGAUCCCAUCCAGCCCCCUGGGAUGAUGUGUUUGGUCUGCCGAGGUUUUAACUUGUUCUAGCUACCGCUCCGCCUGCAGAUUCUUGUAUCGGGAAUGUCUAUACUGCCAUUUCUAGCCCCGCGCCCCACAAGCCAGAGUCAAGUGACCCAGGUUCGGUGCCUCGGCCCCCCAGCAGACGCACCCUACGAGACAAUGGCCAAAUUUAAAACUAGUCCUUGUAACAAGGAGCAAUAACUGGCUUUAGCGCAGACUAGAAAGAAUGGUGACAGCUCAGGGAACGCAAGUGGCUAUGAAAAUGUCACUCCCUUUUUCGUCUCUCUCAUAAAUGCUGGGUUUCUCCAAAGGCGUGUCAAUUCGGGAAUAGUGGUGUGGUUAGAGAGAGGUAAUGGAAACAUCCCCUGGGCAGGGCAGGAGGUGUGUCCUCCCCUCAGAUAGCCGAUUUUCACCUUCUGUUAAAGGCCAAGUGAACUGUACCACUUUGGUGUAGAUUUCAGUUUCAAAAUAGCUUAUUUUACAGGCACAGGUCCCGUUUCUGCAGUCGGAUCCACACAGAGGGAGCCUGCACUGGCACAAAUCUGAUCAGAAAAUCGGCCCUAAUGAAGGGACAGAUCAUUGAGUACGCUGUGGGGCAUGAUGAAGUUGUGUUUGUCGUGUGUCCAUAGGAUUGUUGGUUCCCAGACGCGCUGACUGACCCUUCUUACCCUGCCUCUGUACCGUAUUUCAUUGUGGUCUGGGGUAAUGUGGUUUUGAGCUAGACAAAUGCAAUGAAUUGAAUAGAAUAUAAGCGAAAAUCCAUCAGCUGCUCUGAGUUUGACAGCCCAUUAGCGAGGAGGGCUCCAUGGGAAGUGAAUUUUAGAGCGCACUGGGGUUCUUCAGUGCUUGUGUCACAUCCUAAAUGGAUACGUGUGAAUGGGAGCAUGGUCCCGGUGCUGUGGCUGCCUCCUUGGAAGAAGAGCCAGUCCCUGGUGAUUUUUUUUUUUAAGCAAAGCCUAGGCAGACACAUCUGCAGCCUUUAUACAUGGGACAGUGCGGUGUGUGUAAAUAGGAGUGCUGGUGUCAGUAUCAAUAUCUAAUACGGGACAGAUCUAAAUGUCAGAUAACCUGGGUUAGAAAAUCAGGGGCUGUCGGGAUUUAAAUGAGUAUUUAACCACUGGGCCUUGUUGGGCCUUUUAGAUUGUAGUUCUCUGACCUUCUGGGGAUCCCUUUGUAAGGGGGCGAAUCUCUUCUUGGCCCAUUUGCCCUCCUGGCAUCCAAGUCCCCCAUCCCUGAUCGUCACUGUCCCCUUUGGUGGCUCUGUCCGGAGAGAGGUGUUUGUCUCCUAGCUGAGGGGUUGGGGUUAAAAUCCUCAUGCCAAAGCAGACAACACUAGCUACAAGAUUUCUUUAAAAGAACUCUGUGGUGUCCAAGGGUCAUCUGCUCAGGAUGGGCAAAUCUGUGCGUGUACCCCAAGCUAUUAGCAAAGGGCUAAAGGCAUUUUCAGAUUGUUUGGACACCUCCCCCACCCCCAGUAGAGAGAGAGGGGCUGUUACAGCUUAAAAUACUCCUGUGGGGAUUGUUCUUAUGCAAGAGAUUGAGUUCACAGAAGAGGAAAGGGUACCCCUCAAGUGAAUUGAAAGGCCUCCUGGUAUGGACUGAGGUUUGGUGCCAGAUGCAGUCCCAACCCUCAACGCGUCAUCCUAGCAGGAUUGAUCGUAUUUGUUAAUAUUUCUGCAGACGUACCCUUUGGAGCCAGGCCUGGCGCGUGUGGGGCGGGGGGUGCUGGUCGUUCAUCCGCCUCAGUUUCCAGGGUUCCAGCUUGGCUGAUGGAAGGGGCGAGCCCUUUGCAAUGAAGGCAGGUUUCUGUUUUGAUAGACUUUGGGAUUUAACUCUUUAAGAGCCACAAAUGUGGCAUGUUUUGCAGGUGGAUCAGGGCUGCGGGGUUGCUAAAAGCACUGUCUGAGGUCACACCUUUUCCUGUUACUCUGCUGUGCUCCAGAACGAUCCACCCAGGUGUGUGAUGGGAAUAUUUAUUUAACUGCGCGGGCAACUUGGGGUUAUUAUUUGUACAGUUGUUAUUUUGUUUAGAAAAGCAGAAAGCUGACAACUGCUCCCAAUAAACACUUUGUUCUUUUCUU